UGACAAGAAUCAUGUCAGACUCCCAUGGAAAUCUUGGACAGAAAUGAAAAUCCUCAGCUGCAUCUUAUAACACAAUAACCAUUGUUUUGGGGUUGGAAGAGGAAUUGUGUGCACAUUCGUACGCUGAUAAUGGCAGAUAAACCAGCACCGCUUGAGGCAGCCUCACUUCUCAAUGUUGAUUUGUCUCUUCUACCUCCCCUGGUGAAUGGGGAUGGGACACAGGUUAUUUUGGUUCAAGUCAACCCAGGUGAGACAUUUACCAUAAGAAGAGAGGAUGGGCAGCUUCAGUGCAUUACAGGUCCUGCUCAGGUUCCAAUGGUGUCUCCUAAUGGUUCAGUGCCUCCCAUUUAUGUGCCUCCAGGAUAUGUGUCACAGGUCAUUGAAGAAAAUGGUGUUCGAAGGGUGUUGGUGUUACCUCAACAGCCAGAUUUUCAUCCUGGCAGUCAUCCACCAAUGCAUCCUCAUCCUUAUAUGCCUCCAUUUCUUCCUCCACCUGUCCUGCCACAUCAUCAAAUGUACUCUCCAGGACCAGGAGAUGUUGCAGCCCCAUAUGUUGCACAGCACCAUCCCCAGCAUUCAUAUGCAGAGCAAGAAUCUCAUCCUUCUCAUGGGAGGUCCAACUUUAUCCACAGAGAUGAAAGGACUAGCAAAGCUUAUGAGCGUUUACAAAAGAAACUGAAAGAUAGACAAGCUAAUGGAUCGAAAGAUAAGAUCAGCAGCCCACCAUCCUCUCCCCAUAAGUCUCCCACCAGUGAAGAAAAUAAAGGUAUUGUGGGGGCAUCCACAGGAUUGGUGAAAAACAGACAGGAUAGGAAAACACAAAGCACAUCUGAAAUCAGUAUGGAAAUGUUUGAUGAAGAUACAGACACAAAAGCUUUUGAAGCAGUCCUAUCAAGUGUUGGCAAACCUGUGGUAUCUGACAUCCAGGCAAGAUCAGUUGUACUCACAUGGUCUCCUCCUUCAGCCGCAAGUAAUGAUGACGCUGAUAGCGAUGUUGUACCUGAACCAUGCAGCUAUGAAGUUGCUAUUUCUAGUAGUGGGAAGGAUGGAAAAUUCAAAGUUGUUUAUAUAGGAAAAGAUAUGAAUGUCAAGUUACAGGACCUAAAACCAGCCACAGAAUACCAAGCCAGGGUGCAAGCAGCCUCUAACCUAAUAAGAGGAACGCCAUCAGAAUCAGAGAGUUUUACAACAUUGUGCAGUGAACCAGACACGCCAGUGCCACCUAGAAUAAUAAACAGGACCAAACAUUCCCUCAGUCUACAGUGGAAGGCUACGUGUGACAAUGGUUCCAAAGUCAGCAAUUAUAAUCUGGAAUGGGAUGAAGGGAAAGGGAAGAAUGAAUUUUCCCAAUGUUAUUUUGGACCACAGAAACAAUUCAAAGUUGUUAAGCUGUCACCAGCCACUGGAUACAGAUUUAAGUUAGCAGCUAUAAAUGAACUUGGGAUGAGUGAUUUCAGUGAAGAGGUGCUUUUCUACACAACUGGCAGUGUCCCUCCAACACCAACAAGUCCUCAGCUUGUUAAAGCAGGUGUCACAUGGCUGUCAUUAUAUUGGAACAAGCCUUUGGGAACCUUAUCUGAUGAAGGCAUCAGUUAUAUUUUGGAAAUGGAAGAUGAAACAUCAGGAUAUGGAUUUAAACCAAAAUAUGAUGGUGAGGAUCUUGCAUGUACAAUUAAAAACCUUAGAAGAAAAAGCACGUAUAAAUUCAGGGUAAUUGCUUACAAUUCAGAAGGGAAGAGCAACCCUGGUGAAGUCAUGGAGUUUACCACCUAUCCAGACAAACCUGGAUCACCAUCUAAACCUUCGGUGAAGGGGAAAAUUCAUGCUCACAAUUUUAAAAUUAUCUGGGAUCCACCUAAGGACAAUGGAGGAUCAGCAGUUACAAAGUAUGUGGUUGAGAUGUCAGUCGGUGUUAAUGCGAACACUUGGGACGUGGUUUAUAGUGGAGCUACCAGAGAACAUGUGUGUGACCACCUUAAUCCUGGCUGUGUCUACCAGUUGCGACUUUACUGCAUUAGUGAAGGAGGGCAGAGUCCGGUCUCAGAAACAUUAUUAGUGCAGACACCAGCAGUUCCCCCUGGUCCUUGCCAACCACCAAGACUUGUCGGUAAAGCUCGGACAAGAGAAAUACAGUUACGAUGGGGCCAACCUCCUAUAACUGGCGGGUCUCAAGUAAUCGGUUAUAGACUGGAAAUGUCUGCAUCAGACCUGACUGAACCCAAGGAUGUGUACCAGGGACCUGACACAGAAUGUACAGUCAGCAGCCUGCUUCCAGGAAAGAUGUACAGUUUUCGACUUCGGGCUGUAAACAAAGCAGGGUGUGGUCCUUAUUCAGAAAAAUGUGAAAUUUGCACAGCUGCAGGAUGUCCUGACCAAUGCAAAGCUCCACAUGUUGUGUGCAAAACAGCCACGUGUGUGCACGUCAGCUGGACAACUCCAGCUGAUAAUGGUGCUGAUGUGACAGAGUACAAGCUGGAAUGGGGAGUUGUGGAAGGCAUCCUGCAAAUAUGUUAUUGUGGUCCUGGUCUAAAUUUUGAAGUGAAGGGGCUUUUGCCAGCCACAACAUACUUUUGUAGAGUGCAGGCACUGAAUGUUGCUGGUGCAGGUCCUUUCAGUGAUGUGGUUUUGUGCAUGACUCCACCGUCUGUUCCAGCUGCUAUAAGCUUUCUGCAAAUAGUGAAUGAAGAUAAACUUGAUACACCACUUGACUCCCCUUCAACAUGUCUAGCCAUACAGUGGGAAGAGCCUCGCAAUAAUGGUUCCGAAAUCUCAAGCUACAGUAUAGACUUUGGUGACAAGCAGCCAAUAACAGUAGACAGAUCGACUAAUUGUAUCAUCCAAAAUCUGCAGCCAGAUACAACAUACAGAGUACGAGUACAGGCUGUAAACAGCAUUGGACCUGGUCCUUUCAGCCAUACCAUUAAAGCAAAAACAAAACCACUGCCUCCAGAGCCACCUCGACUUGAAUGUGUAGCCUUUAGUUAUCAAACCCUGAAGCUCAAAUGGGGAGAGGGGACUGCAAAAGUUUUGGCAUCAGAUGCCAUUCAGUAUGUCUUACAAAUGGAGGACAAAAAUGGGAGGUAUUCAACUAUAUGUAAAGGACCAUGUCACACACACAAAGUUCAAAGACUCAAUGAGUCAACAUGCUACAGAUUUAAAAUUCAGGCAUGUAAUGAAGCAGGUGAAGGAUCCUUUUCUGACGUUUACACUUUCACAACUGCCAAAUCUCCCCCAUCUCCUGUUAAAGCUCCGAGAUUAAAGCAACUGAAGGAAAAUGUAUGUGAUCUCACGUGGGAACCUUUGCCAGCAAUGAAGGGGGAUCCAAUUGUUUACAAUGUUCAGGUCAUGAUUGGUAAAGACUCUGAAUUCAAACAGAUUUAUAAAGGUCCAGAAACAACAUUCCAAGUUUCAAACCUCCAGUUGAACUGUGAAUAUCGUUUUCGUGUGUGCGCCAUUCGCCAGUGCCAAGAUACUCAAGGGUUUCAUGAUCUGAUGGGCCCUUAUAGUGCUACUGUAACAUUAUACUCUCAGAGGAAUGAGACACCAGCCAAUAGCAGCAAAAGCACCACAGAAGUCACAAAGACAACACAGACAUUAAGUGAUGAGCAGUGUGCUGCCCUCAUUCUUGCAUUGUUCGCUAUAGUCUCCAUUUUGAUUGCUUUCAUUGUUCAAUAUUUUGUCAUCAAGUAAAAAAAGUUUAGUAUUUGAAUGUCUCUUGCCAUGUAUUACUUGUGUUGUAAUAUUAAAUAAUUGUGAUUGAUUCUGCUUUUAAAUUGAUACUGAUAUCCAAUUGUCACAAAGGCUCUUUGCCAACAUCUCAGCUAUUGCUUUUCCCCUAAUUCAUGUGUGUUACUGAAAGUCUGACCGUGUAGAGAAUACCACAGAGAUAUGUUGAAAUAUUAACAGUCUCAUAUACAGCAAGUGACAUCUGUGUAAAUCCAGUGGCACUUUACAAUAUACCCCUUGAAGCAACUGUUUUGAGUGUUGGUAUGGAUGUAAAGUUAAAGCAUUGUACUGAGUUUUUCAAAUAACUUUACAAUGUGAGAUCAUUUGAAAAUAUAGAGGUAGGGAAGGGAAAAUUGAUGCACUUUAGUGCAGUCUAUUGAAUAUAUUGCAAUAACAGAAAUUGGGGGUAUUAAAUUCUGUGUAGCAUGUCAGGUAAAAUGCAUAACAGUAGUGAACCCAAACUGUGAAACUUUGAAUCUUUAGUAGUUGUGCAAUUCCUACCUCUUCUAAAAUGUGACUUAAAAGUUGAAGAGGACCACUUCAUACUAAAUUGCCAGUAAACAUGGGAGAAUGUGACUGUGUGGGUAAAAAUGUAAUAGGUUUGAAUAUUCCAUUGCCAGGGUCUUUGCACCACUGAAACAAAUUAAAUUAUCACUUUUUUUUCAAAAUGUCCUGCAUACAAGCUAUAAUGUUUUUAUUCACUGCUUCACAGAUUAUAUCUCAGGCACUUUUUAAUUUUAGCAGUUUAUUUAAGCAAGGAAAUACUUCACAUUUCAAUAUCACUAUUAAGAAUUCAGCUUAGAUGCAUAACAAAUUUAAUGGUUAAUUUCAUAGGCCUCCAGAGGUAAAAAUUAAUCCGUAAGUGUUCAACACUAUAUCAGAGAAAAAACAAUAACAGCAUUAAAUAUCUCUAGAAUAGCAAAACAUUGUUUUGCAAAGAUCUUCAAAAGGAAAAUAGUGAUGUUCUAUGUUAUUAAUUUAUAUAUUUCUUAAAAAGUAGUCAACAGUAAUGCACUUGAGUACUUUGCAGUUGUUGUAAGUUACGCAACUAGAGCUACGCACCAUUGUAUAGGAGCCUGUUGUUGGACUAAUAUUCAAUUAUGCUAUUUAGUAUCUUUAAGAAGUUCCCCUUAUUUGCACAUAAUCACUGAAUCAGUUUUGUUAAAGGAUACCUGGAUUUGUUAGAAUGUCACUUGCCUAUCAAUAAUUAUUUACUUAUAUAAUUAGUGCAAUUUAUUCUAUUGGUUUUGUUUUGUUGCAACUGAUUUCAUAUUUAUUACAAUUAUAGGCAUAAAAUGCUAGUUAACACUUUUUGUGGUUUAUGUUGUCAGAUACAUUGUGCUGCAAAUUGUUUUGUUUUGAUGUGCCACUUUAUCUGAAGGAGUGAAUGGGUAAUAUGAAAGUUUGGUAAUAUACACGACCCCUGUUCAAAUUGACCUUAUACUUCACAAGGCAGAUGUUUACAUUUCCCUUUAUUUUCAGUUGAGCAAUGUGUUGCACUUCAGUGUUGGUGAGUAUCACCCAAUGAAAGUGUACUGUCCUUCUCGGUUUGGAAGGCUGCAAACACAUUGUUUUGUGACCGAUCCUUUUUCCUAUCCCCCAUCUUCUUAAAUAUUUCCGCAUUUUGCUUUUGUUUUAAACAGACCUGUUUGACAACCAGAGAAAGGUCAUAAAUCAAAUUGGGAGAUGCACCAUUUGUCUUUCUAAGUUUCCCUUGGCAUUAUUUUAAAUUAGCCAGAAAUUAAAUGUCCUUAACAUAGUCUCUUUAAAACUACAGCCUUAAUUACAUUUAUGUACUUUGCUGAAAUUAUUUGCUUCGGUGGGAUUUUUUUCAUAUCCCCACAAACUAAUGUGAUACAUGAUUUCUAUUGUACCAAUAUCUUUUUUAAAUGUAUAAAGUAUUUGGCCAGCUGGAUUCUGUAAGAUGAUGUAUGAAUGUUUGAUUUUUGAAGGCUGCAUUUCAUUGCCCAGUGUGGGUUUGAUUUUAAAACGGUCUCCUGAACUUGUUGUAAAAGCUGGAAGAAUUUAUUUUGACAGUCAAAAUUCAAAUUCAUUCCUAUUUUUGAUAGUUGCAUAUAACCAGUCAUUUAUAAAUGUAACUGUAUUUUCCAUAAUCUCUCAUUGCAGUUUUCUGUAUUGGGGAUAAGUGAUUUUUAAAUGUAACUAAGCUUCAUUGUUACCUCAUUGAUUGUACAUUCCAAAAACUAUUGAAACUUUUGAAACCAUUCCAAAUAUAUGACAUAUCACUUGUAUCAUAUCAGACUUGGUACUGAUAAUGUAAAGCUGCCAUUAUAUGUUUAACUCUUAAAUAUAUAUUGAAAUCCAAACUGUAACUUAAUAAGUAAUGCAUAAAACAAAAUCCAUGCACAAUAAACUGUGUCUGAUUCUUUG